AGGCGUCGGUCAUGCUUCCUGUCUCCUCCGUCCUAAAACCCAACGCCUCGGACUACUAUUAUUUUCCAGAGGCAGGCUCCUGCCUUGUGAAAACCAGAAAUGGCUUCUUUCUGCAGGCAGGCGCUGACGGUGAGCUCAAGAUCACUCGCCUCCAAAUCCAAGUCCUCGCUCCAGAAAUCCCUAGACGAGAGGCGCAUCUCAGCUCUUCUCCGUUCAACGUCAAGAUCCGCGCCCCGCGCUUCCAGGGUGGUUUCGGCUUUGGGUAGCGUGGAGUCGCUAAUGCCCCUCCACAGCGCCAUCGCCUCGGCUCGGCUCAAGUCGAACAUCGCCGUCGAUACUCGUUGCUGGAGCUGGCUUUCUCAGGGAAUGGCAGAACCAUUGUGACAGAGUGUUACCUGGUUUACACGAGGUGAUCGAAUGCAUGGGAUCUUUUCUUUUAUCAAUCUUUUGAAAGGGAAAUUGUCAUCUUGUUGAGAUUCUUCAAUGCAAUGUAUCUAGACUGUAGUAAUGAGCUACUUGGCACAUUAAAUUAGUUUCUCUCUUCGAUUCGUUUAUGCACCCCCCUCCCCCUUUUCCUUGUUGUGGAGAGGGGAUCUGUUGAUCUGUGAUUGUAAUAAGUUUUCUUCUGAUAACCAUUUGGAUGACAGAGAGCGGAGAACAAGCACAACAUUGUCUUUUUAUAAUGAUUCUCAGAUUAUUUCGGCUACUCAUGGGGCAUGCCCUUAGGUUAUUGAUUUUCCUAUUAUUUGGAUGCAUACUUGUUGUAUUGUUUUGUGAAAAUACAUGCUUGUGAUCUAUCUCCGAUUAUUUUGGCUA